UCAGCCUCCUGCCGCACUCCGCAGCCGCCGCGCCGGGCUCUGCUGCGGACUCGCCGUCACUCUGAGCCGAACAAUGGCAGCGACUGUCGGCGUCCGCGCCGCUCUCCUCAUCCUCUCGGCCGCCGCCUCCUGCAGCCCCGCCGUACCCGAUCCCUUAGACGGCCUGGUCGGUGACACGACUCGGUGCCAGAGCCUUUGCCGCAGCACCUUCCCGCUGGCCGGGCGGUCCAGGGAGGCAACACUGGGUGCCUGUCAACGCGGGUGCCGCCUUCUCUCUAUCUGCCAGUUUGUGGAUGGAAUCAGUGGUUUGAACAGCACUAGAGCUGAGUGUGAGGCAGCAUGCCUGGAGGCAUACAGUCAGACAGAGGAACAGUAUGGCUGCAUCACUGGGUGCAGGGAACAGUCCCUAGAAGCAGAGAGGAGACAGAAACAGCUCCUGACAAUCACCCCUGAAGCCCCCUCAUUCUCAUUCUUUGACUACGUGUCCAACCUUUGCAGUGAUUUUGUCAACUCAGCCCAGAGUUUCAUUUCCUCCACCUGGACCUUCUAUCUGCAGGCUGAUGAUGGAAAAGUUGUGGUGUUCCAGGCUAACCCCGAAGUCGAGUUCUCGUCCCUAGAGUUGGUGCCCUCACGACCCAAUGAGGCUGAGAAUCCUCAGGACUGGAUCCCUGGACGCCAUGAUGAGCUGGGGCCAAAGACUGUUCCUGGAACACCAGAACCACAAGCAGCUGCUGUUGACAGUGUAAAGAAGGGUGCCGAUGGGAGUGUGGUCCCAGAGCCAGUACUGAAAGAGAAGUUCACCGAUCGAGAGGGCUCACAAUCACAGCAUGACUUCCUGGGCUGCAUGUCACGGCGCUCAGGGUUACCCCGCUGGAUCCUGGCUGGCUGCUUGGUGUUGUCGAUCGUGGUCAUGCUGUGGCUGAGUUGUGCGAGUUUAGUGACUGCCCCAGAUCAGCAUGUGAAGUCGCAGCCUCUGAGCAUCAAUGGUGAUCAGGAGAGUGCACUGAAGGCCCCUCUGUAUGGACUGUCCCCUGUUAUUGCAGUAACAAUCCGGGAUCACGAGGAGGAGGAUGUGGGGCCUUUGCCUGUGAAAGUGGAUCUGAGUAAAACCCUCAUCUAGAACUUAAUUUCCUAGUUAAAUGGGACAUUCCUGUCUUGCUUGCUCAAGGUGCAGUUUCAGUAUUGACAUGAGUACACCCUCUUCCCCCAUGUUAACUAUAUCCCGGACUGCUGGCCAGGGAGAGGAUUAUGUUUUUUGGAAUCUAACUAACUUUAAAAAUCUCUGGACACCCAUUUCCUUCCACUCUACACAUUAAGGUUAGACAGCCCAAGAACCAAAAUUCCUCAUUCUUUCCUUCAAAUACCUAAACAAAGAGUUUGUAGAAUUCUGGGUUGUCUUCCGAUCUCUUUGGAUCUUACUAGAUCGUAUUCUGACCUGACUAUGUAUUUGUAGUGAUAUGAUCUCGGAGCUCAUUGCUAAACCUCUCAGUCAGUCUUUAAGAUUGUGAGUAAUUAUGUCUAGGUGAGAGGGGUUUGAAUAAAGUCCCUCUCCCUCUCUCCCACACACACUCUCUUACAUAAUCCUUCUCACACACUUUUUCACAUUCUCUCACUUUUUCACUCUUUCACUCUUUCUUUCUUCCUCUCUCUUCCUCUCUCUCUUCCUCUCUCUCUUCCUCUCUCUCUUCCUCUCUCUCUUCCUCUCUCUCUUCCUCUCUCUCUCUUUCUCUCUCUCUCUUUCUCUCUCUCUCUCUUUCUCUCUCUCUCUCUUUCUCUCUCUCCUAUCAGGACCACUGAAAGGUUUCCUGGGUUAGAGGAUAUUGAACGACAUUGUGGCUAAUCUGGGCUAGGAGGUUAGGAGUGUGCCUAGUAAUUAAGCAAAUGCAUUUGUACAGAUUUUGGCAUAAAUUAGAAGAGCCACAGGCCAGGACUUGGCACCAUUCUCUUCUACAGAUUUAUGCUAUAAUGGCUCUCAACUUUUGCUUAGAGGAUUGCUCAUGGUGGAGGAUGGGAAGUUAAUAGGUAACCUUGGAAUCGGGUCUUUGUGAGUUGAAAAGGAGUAGGUCCAGGUAAAUUGAAAGGGAGAAUGAGAAGUGGGGUUCUGGUAAGCAGAAAGGGAGCAGGGACGCUGGGCCCAGAAACAUCACCUGGUGAGCUAGAGAAUCAAUCAUCAGGAUUUCCAAAUAGUGUGGUCGCAGAAUUUUACUAUAUGUGUCUUGAAGGCAAUUAGAUUAAUUUGUGGUAAUCUUAUUUAGGACGAGAAAGCAGGAUGGACAUGUUCUGUUCAUUAUUUACACGAAUGAGGUGAAAUGAGACAGAUAGGUAUGUAAAGGAGCUCAGUGGUAUAGCUGUUUUGUAAGAAUUUACCAUUAUUAAACAUCUAGAAAUAAAAGGUAUGUAUGGUCUCAAAUGACGAGCCUCCCAUUUUGGACAAAGAUAGCAAGGAUUUCUUCUCUCAGUUGUUUGAGUUGUUUUUACUGUUUCUCAAUGGGCUAUGUGUGGAUUGUUGGGUUAUCUGCAAACUUCUGCUCCAGCUACUGCAUCCAGCCACAGCCUGUUGGACUGUGCCGGGUAACACACUGCAGUAAGCAAAGCUGCAGUGCUCUGCGGGCAGGACGCUGUGCUGGGACUGAGGGGUGCUGCAGUCUCUGAGGGACUGAAAGAGGAGUCUUUGCUGUGAGUACCGACAUCCCUGUUCCUCCCAGCUUCCUCCAUCCCUGGCAUCGAAGAGCAAGCUUUGUUUGCUGAUUAGUUUCUUACUGAUUUAAAUCUCUCAGUAGAAGCAGAGGGAAGGAUGGAAUGGGUGACCAGAGGUGACAGCAUUGCUCACUGCCACCUCACGCUCAGCCCCAUCCUUAAGGUGAACCCACACGGGGAAGCUGCUGCCUGCCAUUUUAACUCGAGGGAUUUCACUCUGCUCCUUGUGUGAUUUUCAGACCCUUUAAGCAGUUUGGUUAGGGCCUCUAAAGAGUGAUUGGGAGUGGAGACCCAAGCUAACUCUUCACUGUCCUAAUCACAAAGGGGAGAAGCUAAUCAAAUGAUUCUACAGUACAUCACAGUCCUGUCUGAGAUCCACUACUGGUUAGUGGAGCCUGGGAUCCUUACGGUUUGUGUAUUUUUGAAGCCAUACCUUAUGUCUGAUUAUGUAACCUUUCCCUCUUCUAAUUGGGAUUUCCUUCCUUCAGUCCUCUAGCAUUCCUGACUUUUUCUCCCAACCUUCUGGUUUGUAAGGGAGGGGCAUGUGAAAUAAAAUGUUGUCAAAAUUUAACCUUGUACUCUGGUCCUUCAUUGUAUCACAGUACUUUCUAUCUGAACCCCGUUUUUGAUGAGCAUCCUCGGCUUAUGGACAGACAAACACUUCACUCCACAGGAUGACACCAAACUUCCCAACUAAUGGCAUCUUGUUACUUGAUCCUGAUCCGUUGGCUCCAGAAAUUAUUGAGAAAGAUGAUCAGGGAAGACGUGUAUGGUGGAGUGUUUAUAAUCAGGGGAGUCUGAUUCAGGAAUUGAGAAAACCGCAGUUUGUGUCGGUGUCAUCGGAUGGAAUUGCUGACCAAGCUACAGGGCUUGCCAGCUCAGGUUGGACUUUAUUCCUGACAGUUUUUGUCACAUAACUUGUUCAUACCCUUGGGCACUAGCCAUUGAACAUCCAAAGCACCACCCAUUGUGAUAAUUGGUCAAUUAUGCUGGUUGUAGUACCCAUAAUCACCUGAACUCCAGAAACUACUCUGUCCUGCAGUGCUACUAUGUUCCAUCCUGAGUAGACUGCGGUCCCACCGUUAGUUGUGAUAAGGAUUAAUCUCCCAGGAUUAUUGUGGUACCCCCUUCACCUAACCUGCAAUUCCUUCGAGAACUUAUCCAGGUCCACAUUAAAUGCAUCAGCAGUAUACCAUUGCAAUUCCAUCUCCUCAGAAAAUGCCGACAUGUUCUGGUUUGGGUAAUGUUGGCAUAUAAUAUUUGCCCAGACAAUUGCUGGACAAUGACUAUUGCUAACAGGUGAGAGAAUCUAAGCUCCUCCAAGUUACUUUAGCAUCACUUAAAUCCUAGAUUAUCAAUAUCCUAUUGAUCAUACAUUUAAAUGGACAUGGUACAUAAAUUAUGUGGGUGGAAGAGCAGUUUGGAGGAUAGAUAUCGAGCGGAGAGUGAUUCACAAAGCAAUACACGGUUAAGUAAUGUGACAGAAUAUUCUCCUCCUGCCCAUGUAAGUAUGGAUCCAGCAACACUCAAGGGACUUGCCACCAUGCAGGACAGUGGAGCCCACAUGACUGUCCUGCUGUCUUCUGAAAAUAUUCACUCCUUCCACCAACAUAGGUGCAAUGUAUACCAUCCGUACAAUUCAUUAAGACUCUUCGAAAACGUCUCCCAAAUCCUCAACCUCUACCACCUCUAAAGAUAUAGGCAGCAGACAGCAAGGAAGCAGCACUCUCUAUAUGCUCUCCUCCAAGUCAUGCAUCAUUUAACUUGAAGGUUUAUCAUUGGUCCCUUCAUCAUCAAUGUGUGUGUGUCUAUUUUUAUUCAAUUUUGGCAUCUGGGCAUCAUUGGCAAAGUUAGCAUUUUAUUGUCCAUCCCCAAUUGCCUUUGAAAAGAUGGUGGUGAUCCACUGACCUUGACCACUGCAGUUCCCCAGUGAAAUUGCUCUUGCAGUGCUGUUUGGUAGGAAACUCAAGGAUUCAGACACAGUGUUGAUGAAAUACCAAGAGUCUAUCUAACUCAGGAUGAUAUACGACUUGGAGGGGAAUCCGCAGGUGGUUGUGUUCUCACAAGCUUUCUGCCCUUGACCUUCUAGUUGGUUUAGUCAUGGAAAGUUUGGGAAGUGUUGUCAGAGAAGCCUAGACAAGUAAGUGAAAGUUAAUUUUCAAAUUGUGUGCACUGCACGCUUGUAGUGGAGUGAAUAAAAUUGUUAGGCUGACAGAUGAGGUGCCAGUCAAAUAGGCUGCUUUGUCUAGAAUGAUAUCAAACCUCCUGACAGUUUUUGGCACCACAGUCAUCUAGGCAAUGAUCAUCCUUUUGACUUUCAAAUGGAUGAAAUACCUUCUCAGAUGAGUCUCACACCACAGGAUAGUCAGCCUCUGAUCUCCUUUUAUAGCUGCUUUGAACUCCUAUCACUAUCACACUGUAGGAGCAUGUCCAUCACAUGGAACAAGACCAUCAGGAAUAAGGGUAUAAAUAGGCCAUUUGGCCCAUCAAGCUUGGCCUGCCAUUUGAUCAUGGCUGGUUUAUUUUCCCUGUUAAUCCCGCACUCCCAGUACAGGGUCCUCACCACAGUGCAAUGCAACUUUGCUUACUGCAGUGUGUUACCCGGCACAGUCCAACAGGCUGUGGCUGGACUCAGUAGCUGGAGCAGAAGUUUGCAGACAAGCAACAUUCUAUAAGGCCAUAUGACAUAGGAGCAGAAUUAGGGCUUUCGGCCCAUCAGGUCUGCUCCACCUUUCCAUCAUGGCUGGUUUAUUAUCCCUCUCAACCCCACUCCCCUGCCUUCUCUCUGUAACUUUUGACCGCCCUUACUAAUCAAGAACCUAACAACGUCUGCUUUAAAUCUACCCAAUGACUUGGCCUCCACAGCCAUCUGUGGCAAUGAAUUCCACAGAUUCACCACCCUCUAGCGAAAGAAAGUCCUCCUCAUGCAGAAAUUGCAACGUGAUUGCUCAUGGACAAUUAUUGUCAGCCUGGCCAGCAAUGCUCACAUCCCACAAGUGGAAAGAACUUAUCAUUAUCAAAUCAUUCGAUUAAGAAAUAACUCUUGAAUUAACAAUUAAACUGAUAAGGGACCAAAGAGUUGCCCAUUGAUACAGGAGGAGAAAACCGGAGGUCUGUGAGCCAAUCCUCAUCAGAGGAUCAGAGGUGGAUCAGGUCAGCAACUUUAAGUUCCUCGAUGUUAUCAUUUCAGAGGACCUGCCCUGGGUCCAGCACAUGUGCCAUUACAAAGAAGGCACGGCUGCGGCUCCACUUAGAGGUUUGCGAAGAUUUGGCAUGUCAUCCAAAGUGUGUAGAUGUACUGUAGAGAGUAACCUGACCGGUUGCAUCGUGGCCUGGUACGGAAAUACCAAUGCCCUUGAACGGAAAGGCCCACAAAAAGUAGUGGAUACUGCCCAGUCCAUCACGGAUAAAGCCACUGAAGAGCACGGUUGCAGGAAAGCAGCAUCCAUCAAUAAGGAUCCUCACCGUCCAGAACAUGCUCUCAUCUCACUCAGUUACUACUACUACUACGUCGACUCAGGCCUAGGGGGCCGGCGUCGGGCAUGAUGAUGGACUCUCCUCCUCUCCCUCUCCCUCAUCAGUGUGUUCAGGUUCAGGAACACUCAUUACCGCUCCACCAUCAGACCCUGGAACCAGAGAGGAUAACUUCACUGACCCCAACACUGAACUGAUUCCACAACCUGUCGACUCACUUGCAAGGACACUUAAGUCACAUUUUCAAUAUUUAUUACUUUUUUUUUUGCAUUUGCACAGUUUGUUGUCUUCUACACUGAUUGAUUGUCUUUUUUGUGUGCAGUUGUUCAAUGAUUCUAUUGUAUUUCUUUGUAGUUACUGUGAAUGCCCGAUGAAAAUGAAUCUCGGGGUAGUAUAUGGUGACGUGUGUACAGUACUUAGACAAAUAUACAUAGCUAGGGUGCCGAAGAUAUUUGCACAGUACUGUAGUAAUUUUAUGUAUUGCAUUUUACUGCUCCAUUAAAAAAAAAUUUCAUAACAUAUGUGAGUGAU